ACCUAUUAUAUCAGGGCAAAACAACCUUAAUGCAGUCCUUGGCAAUGUUAGGGCUGAGUCGAUUUUCUCUGAAAUUUGGGAUCGCCUGUAAAAAAAAACCUUAAAUAUGUCAAUCUGUUGUUUUGCCCUGAUGAUGACCUUAAAAUAGUUCGAAAGCCUGGCAGAAACAUUUGAAUUCCUUUUUUUCUCAAGUCUAUGCCUUGUCGCAGUAUUCCGUGAAAUAAGCGUUCGGCACAGUUUUAUCGCCGGUUUUAGCGAGCCGAGGCCCCUCUCCGUUGGAAGGAGAAAAGGAAAAAUUAUGCAACCCGCGCCCGCCUUCAUCAUCGGUGUACGUUCAGUGCGGUUCAUGUCUUCAGAGUGCCAUGGAUAAUAUCACCCCACCGGCGGUACUCAAACAGGUGUGGCUGGCUAUGACAGCCAGUUUGGGCUACCUAACAAUAGGCCUAGUUAGAGGAUUUUCCUCGCCAGCAAUCCCAUCAAUGGAAUCAAACAAUCCCGAACUCAUACCACACCAUCAAGCACUAUCUUGGAUUUCUGCAGUACCCCCUUUGGGUGCUCUUGUAGGAAGUUUGUUUUCUGGUGCGAUGAUGCAGCAUUUGGGAAGAAAAAGAACUCUGAUAAUUAGCUCCCCUAUGUUUGCCGCAUCUUGGCUUUUCAUAGCUUACUCUACAGACUGGCUUCACCUAGUCACAGCAAGGGCUUUGACAGGCCUAUGUGUCGGUAUUGUACUACCUUCAGCACAAAUUUAUGUAAGCGAGUGCUCGCACCCAAAAAUAAGAGGCAUGGUCGGCUCAUUUCCAGCGCUCUUCAUGGCAGGUGGAAUCCUUAUGGCUUACAUUCUUGGAUCGUUUCUCCUCUGGAACCAUCUGGCCAUGGUUUCAGCAGCAUUUCCUAUAAUUUUACUAUUUUUGCUGAUCCCAUUGCCCGAAUCGCCGACUUGGCUGAGGUGCAGGGGAAAGAUGAAGGAAGCCGAUCAAGCGAUGUCCUGGUUGCACAGAGAGCCUUUUACUACCAAUAUUGAAAUGUUUACGGUCAAUUCUCCAAAAGAAGCUGUGACAUCACUUCCAAAAAGCAAAAAAUCCCUUGCACUAUCAAAGGCAAUUUUGAAAGGUAAAUUUUCCAGAGAGACAUUAUUCCGAGGACCCGUCCUUCUGCCGUUUGGCUUAGUGAUAGCAAUUAUGAUUUUUCAGCAGAUAAGCGGGAUUGACUCGAUAAUUUUCUACACUGUUUCAAUAUUUCACAUAAGCGGAUCAACAUUAGGGGAGUAUGAAGCUACAAUUUUUGUCGGCGCCGUUCAAGUCGUAGCAACGCUUCUUUCUCUUUUCCUGACUGAUUGGUAUGGGAGAAAAGUACUGCUGCUUAUCUCCGGCAGCAUAAUGGCGAUUGCCAUGACAGCCUUAGGAACUUAUUUUUAUCUGUAUGAAAGAGGUAGAGCGAAUUCUUUCGGUCUCCUGCCUCUCCUCAGCCAGCUCGCCUUUAUCACAGGAUUUUCAAUCGGGUUUUGCAACAUACCUUUCAUACUGAUGGGGGAGCUCCUUCCAAUAGCUCAUCGGAGCUUCUUAAGCUCGAUAGCAGGUGCUUGUAAUCUCGGCGCUAUGUUUCUUGUCAUAAAAACAUAUCCAGACAUUACUCAGUGGUUAGGACCAGAAGGCGCUUUCUGGAUAUAUGCAGUACUAUGCUUUACAAGCUGUAUCUUUGUGCAUUUUCUACUUCCUGAAACAAAAGGAAAGAGUUUGGAAGAAAUCGAAGCAUACUUUGAGAGUAGGUUCAAAGAUAAGAAAGAAGAUCCAGUCGCUCAAGUUGAACAAAACAAAUAAUCUAGUCUAUAUCUAUAUUUAUGAAAACUUACGAUUGGGCGUUAUAAAAGAUCCACAAAAGUUUGGAACUUUUUAACUCAAUUGAUAAACCAUCUAAAAUCUAAAGCAACUGAUGCUAAAAAGAUUUUAAGAACUUGGAAACAUCAACCAGAGAAUGCAUUUAUGUGAUUCUGCUAUCAUUAGUAAAUACUUUUGUUAGUGACAUUUAUUAGUGUAUGGGGGUGUCGGUGGCCACAACGGUUAGGCGUUAACACGGCGCACAUUACUGUAUGGCAAAGGUUCCCGGUUCUAAUCCAGCGGUCCUGCAUUCAAACCCGACAUACUUACAAAUGGGCUUUUUUUCAAAAACACUGGCACCCCGAGGGUUGACAUGACCUCUGCAGUUACAAACCCUCAUAAAAUUAAAUUAAAAAUUUUAAAAAAAGUUAUUCGUAUGAAAAAAGUACACUAUGUGUACAAACCAUAACAUUAAAAAGUGUUGUGCAUACUGUUAACUGUUUAAUUUUGGUGUAGAAAAAAAAACAGUAUAAAUAUUUUAUUCAUCACAUUAGCAAUUUUUGGAGCAGCAUCAUACUAUGUAAAAUUCUUCAUUGUGGUAUUUUUUAUAUAUAUUUUUUUUUUUAAUUUGUGGUCUGUGUUUCUGUUCUAGUAGUAAAUGUAAUAUACAUAUAAUU